CAUAUCAAAUAGAAGAAAAUCUAAGCCGUGUCAAUUUUUCGUGUCUAUAGAAUUUUCUGCUUCUGAGAAAAACAGUGUCUAUGUUAUCAUUUUUCGUAGAAUAUAAUAAAUAAAUUGAAAUUCGUGUGAAAGAAAUUGAUAAUUUUGUUAUUGCUCAACGCAUGCUAAUUUUGCAUUAGCCUCAAAGCAAACAGCAACCCCUUCAAUUAGAAUUAGAACAACAAAAGCAAUAAGUAUACAAGCGUUACAUGCGGCUGCGACGUCAACGCUAACGUUGGCGUUGUCAUCGGUAACGACUGCAUCGAGGAAGUAGUUAACGAAGAUAUAGUGAUAUUGACGAAAACAGUGCUUGUGCGAGGGCAGUAAAGAUAAAGCAUACCAAGAAACGAGUUAGUUAAACGUUUGUAAUAUUAUUGAAUAUUUGCGAUUUUCCACGCAUAGAUUGAUAAAAAAAUUAAGUGCAUUGCAGCAACAUGCCCUCAAAGAAGAAAAAAUACAAUGCGCGUUUCCCGGCAGGCCGCAUCAAGAAAAUAAUGCAGAGCGACGAGGAAAUUGGAAAGGUCGCGCAAGCUGUUCCUGUUAUAAUCUCUAGAACGUUGGAGCUCUUUGUGGAAUCGCUUUUAACGAAGACGCUGCGAAUUACAAAUUCACGGAAUGCAAAAACUUUAUCUACAUCCCACAUGAGGCAGUGUAUUAUGUCGGAGCAGCGUUUCGAUUUCUUACGUGAACUGGUGAAGAAUGUGCCGGACAUAAGUGUGGCGGAAGAAGCAGCCAACUACAAUGAAGAGGACUGUCAAAGUUCACCCGAAGAUGUCUAUCCCGAUUCGGACACACCGUACGAUUUGAGCAUGCCCUCCACAUCAGGCGGACGCAACAACAAUCGUAACGUUUCAACAACUAAGGUCAACGGUGGUCAAACACAUUACCAGUACAAACAACAAUAUCAACCACCACCACAAAACGGCAGCAAUGACGCCGGAAUGACUGAAAAAGAUUUAAGACAGCAUAUUCGUCAACGUAUUAGUGGAACACAAAGUGUGAUUAUGCAUACAGCAUCUGUUACACAGUCGCAAUUAGCAGCGGCGACAGCACCACCAGCUACAACAAGUCUAACAACGCUGCCCCCUGCUCAACGAAGUGCUUAUGACAACUAUGUACAACCUCUGAAACUAAUGCGUUCCGAAUCGACGCCUGCCAGUGCGGCCCAGCACAUGUGGCAUGUCGCACCAAAUGCUGGAGCCCAACAACAACAAGGGCAAAAACGACUUCGACAUCAGGCGCAAUCGGUACCGUGUAGCAAUAAUAAUGAUAAUUGUUGCGGUUCAUCGCCGCCAAAGCAGCAAAAGUCCGAGCAAGCAACAAAACAAACACAUUCACAAACUGCCAUACCUGCGCCCGUUUUCAGCUACGAUCUCUGCAACAAACCCGUAGUAAAGAUCGACUACAGUAAUCUGCCGCUAGCACCUGCCGUUACGGGUACCAGUGAACAGUUCAACACCUCACCAGCCCUAGGUAGUUUGUCAUUGAGCGCACCCGUAACGAAUGCGAGCUUCAAUUUUACUGCUGCCGCACCCUUUAUCAAUAUUGAUUUGUCAAAUAUGGUGACAAAUAGCGGUGACAGAAAAACAACAACAGGCAAUAAAGCGUCAGCCGCUGCCGUUGCAACAAUAAGCAUUGGUGCCUUGCCAGUUGAAUUGGCAACUGGGGGCACUACUCCAUCUACCAACAUUGGCAACACGUGGAGCAAAAUCGGAGCUAUUAAAGCGCCACCUACAUCUACUACUCCGCCCUCAAAUCAAAGUACUGAUUCAAAAACGGACUCUAAUGCCACAACAGUGGAUAGCACAUCAUCGUCGACCUCGUCAUCCAGCUGCUCGCCAUCAUCAUCAUUGGCAUCGACGUCAGCUAACAGUCAACAGGGUGGAAGCAAAGCCAUGUUAAAAGUAUCUACUGAUAUAAUGGCAAAAAUGACUGCUCCAAGAACAAAUAUACCUUCAGCAAAGUGUAAAAGUUCGAAUUCAUUAUUCGAAUUAGAUGAAGACUAUGACAAUAUUUGAAUUUAAUGUUUUUAAUUUUUAAAACUUAACAUUUCCGUUAAGAAUUUUUCCUUUUUUUAAAUAAAUCCAGACUACCAA